AUGUUUGAGCUCCUUGUCCAGGGUUUCAACCACACCGUGAAUAUGCAUUUCCAAGCCGCUAGGCAGACUCCUGGCUCCCUUGACCUCACAGACAGCGAACAAGCCCACAACCGACCAUUUGAGGCUCCUUUGAGCUUGGAAAAGACAACAACGCCCACAUCUCCUUCUUCCCUUUCCAAACCGUCGUGUUUUGUCCAUGAUAUCACAAUAUGUCUUCCUAUACCCCUGGGGAUAAAGGGCACCGUGGUGCCCAGCCUUACAAUCAGUCAAGUCGCCGCAACGGGUGGAAUGGCCGCAUGUAUGAUGACAGAAUGUCUCGCUCCCGCUCCCGCUCCCGCUCCUGCUCCCCACCACAUGUUGUCCCACGAUCCAGGGACCGUAGACACGGCUCACCAGGCGGUACACGCUCUCCUCCGCAUGACAUUUCUCGGACUCCGCCUCGUGGUCCAGCGGCAGAUAGGAGGCAUCCCGGCCGGGAUGACGAAAUUCCAAUGGCUAGGGAUCACCGACCUAGAGAGCGAGACAAGUACCGACGACCCUCUUGGUCCCCUCCACGGCACCGUGGAAGGCCGUCAUAUAGAGAUCGUGACCGUGAGGGAUACCGCUCUCCUGGGUAUGACAGUCGCAGCAGAAGCCGCAGCAAAAGUCGGAGUCGAUCCAGAAGCCGCAGCCAACGUGGGCCUCGACGUCCUUACUACGGUCAAGAAAGCCGAUGUUCGCGUCAUCCGCGAUCGCCAAACGACCUAUAGUCGAGAAAGAGAAGACCGCAAUCGAAUCAAAGCUGAAGGAGAGUGGACAUGCAAGAUGUCAAUUACGCGACCAGACAGCGCUGUUUCAGAUGCCAAGCAGUUCGAGCAGGUAUGUCUAUUGAAGUGUCGAGUUUUACAAGGUCUACGGCUGACAGAUGAAGACUUUGUUCAACUUCCUCCUGAGGUAGCCAACCCUCCACGCGUUGCGAAUCAUGGUGAUAACGAUGUAGCUCCCGACGGAUCCCCUUCCCAGUUUAUUCUUCUUCGAGGCCUAGAGGCGUCCGUUACCGAGGAACUUCUUGCUAAAGGCGUAACAAAACUCUACAAACCAUCGCCUGGGUCAGAUGGUUGCAAUGCACCUCCUGCUGCAAAAAAAGGAGCAAAGGUCGCCUCUACAACGGGAGAUGCCAAUAUAGGGGCACGCAAAGGCUCAAUACGGCGUGUGUUGCUCAUACGAGAUCGCCGAAGUAACGAAAGUUGGAAGUAUGGUUUUGCGGAGUUUGCAACAGUAGAAGAUGCCCAAGCCGCUCUUACUAGAUAUAACUCUUUCGAAACAUUCACAAUUUCCUCGAAACCUGUUUUAGCUAGUUACAUCCACGCUGGCGUCUUCGUUCCCGUCAUAAACCCUACAGCCAGCACCGAUCGGUUUACCUUCAGCCCACUUGGCAACCCUUCCAUGAAAUUAGCAUACUGGGACGAGAAUGCUUAUGCAACGGAAAUCCUAAACCCGUCAAAGGAGGCUGAGAAGACGAAGAAGAGAAAAGCGGAUGCUGGAGGAAUCCCUGGCACAAAGAAGCUUGCCGUUCCGAGUCAUUUACAGUUUUGGAGUGACCGCCACGCCGAACUACAUGGUAUUCAGCGUGAGGAAGCAAAGGAAGGAAGCUCGGGCAGCGAACAUAAACAGGGUGUCAGUGAAGGUGGUUCAUCUUCUGUUUCUCCUGCACCAACACAGUCUUACGCGGAUUUCAACCGUAAAUGUUGUUAUCUGUGCAUGCGCCAGUUUAAAACAGAAGCGGAAGUGAACAAACACGAAAGACUCAGUCAGCUUCAUCGUGAGAACAUGCAAAAUGAAGAGCUCAAGACCAGAGCUUUGGCGAAACUAGCGAAGAAACGGGACCAGGCCGAACAACAGCUCUCUUCAGAGUAUCGAGACCGGGCGAAGGAACGACGUCAAGCAUUCGGUGCAUCGGUAAAAUCAAAGGAGAAGAAAGUGGAAAAGGAAAUUGAGGAAACAGCACCAGUCCCUCUCAUGUCUAAGGGCGCAGCCCUUCUCGGCAAAAUGGGCUGGUCUGCUGGUUCGGGACUUGGUGCGGAAGGGUCUGGGAUGACAGCGCCCAUCGCUACUGAUCUGUAUGUCCAAGGCGUUGGGCUGGGUGCUCAGGGAGGCAAGCUUGGCGAUGCAGUUCGGGAAGCCGGAAUGAAUACAAGGGGUAGGUAUGAUGAUUUCCUCGAGAAAACGAAGGAGACUGCACGUGAGCGGUACGAGCGGAUGUCGAAGGAGGGUUAG